CCACCACGCUACCCAACAGACAUAGCAGUCAAGGAGGCAUCACCAACAACAGAUGUGUCCAACAAAAGGUUGGACAGAGGCUCUAAUUCUACAAUUGUGGACUCUCCCACUGCAACCCCAGUGGGUUGGAAUGCAGGAAAGGAUCUGGCUAUCGAAGGAUUGUCUGCACCAAGCUCAGUACCUACACCAGAUCUUCCCACAAGUGCAAUGGCUGAAGAGAGCUCAUCAUGGGCAAGCACAUCCAGCAGAAGGUUGGAAGAGGGCAUAAGUUCACCAGCUGGAGAGAGUGAUGUUGCACAUUUACUGUGCUGGAAUGCAUUGAGUGGAGAGCAGCUGGUGGAAGCAGCCAAGAAGGGUGACCUUGCAGCAGUCGAGAUGAUGCUAGACAAGGGAGUGGGUGUUGAUACCAAGAACAAU